CAAGAGGUUGCCCUUUAGCUAUUGCCUAUAAAUAGAAGCAUUUCUUCUACUUGUUUACUGUAAAUUUCUCAAGUAAAGCUGCCUUUGGUCACUGUCCAACAUGAAGCAAAAGAUAGUCAUAAAGGUUGCAAAAUUGUGCUGUGAGAAAUGCAAAUCCAAAGCCAUGAAGAUUGUGGUGAACGCAUCUGGUGUGACCAAGGUGGAGAUUGGGGGAGACAAAGAUCAACUGGUGGUGAUAGGAGAGGACGUGGAUUCAGUUAAGCUCACUCGCUGUCUAAGGAAAAAACUUCGGUAUGCCAUUUUAUUGAGCGUGGAAGAAGAGAAGAAGGAAGAGAAGAAGGAAGAGGGGAAAAUAUGUAUAUUGCCAUGGCCACCCACCACUUACUGUCAAUAUCCUAUCUAUUGUGAUGAUCCACCUCCUUUUUGCUUCAUUAUGUAAUCACCAUUAAUUUCCUCGUUGAUAUGAAUAAUUGGACAAGGAUGACCAAUCAAUAAAAUCAUGUGAUGGUGUGUGUCAAUUUCACGUA